GUAAUCUAUGGUAAAGCAGAGCUAAGUUGUGCUCUCUGUGCCCAUGUGUGUGUCGAUAAAUUUUUGGUUAUUUGGAAGUUGGUUCUGAAGUUGGAGAUGGGAAAUAAAGUUUCGUUUUGUGAGCCACUGCAUUCUGGCCCGGGGACGAAGACUCUUCCUCCGCCCCCGCCCCCGACAGUUGGCAUAAUACCGGACAAGGAUUACGGUAAGCAAGAAACCGAUGUUCAGGAAGCCGGGCCAGGUCACCCUGGCACCAUGGAAGACCUGCACAAGAAGUGCAAAGACGUCCACCCGGUGGUGUUCGAAGGCGCCAAGUUCAUGGUGAACAAAGUGCUGAGCAACCACUUCCAGAUCUCGCACACGCUGAACCUGAGCUCGUUCGGUUCGUCGGGCUACCGCUUCGGCGCGACGUACGUGGGCACGCACCAGGUGUCGCCGAGCGAGGUGUUCCCGGUGUUCGUGGGCGACAUCGACGCCGGCGCCAACCUGAACGCGAACGUGAUCCACCAGUUCGGGCAGCGGCUGCGGGCCAAGUUCGGCGCGCAGAUCCAGGGCGGGCAGUUCGCGGCGGGCCAGCUGACGACGGACUACCGGGGCGGCGACUACACGGCGUCGCUCACGCUCGGGAACAUCGACCUGGUGCACGAGUCCGGGGUGGUGGUGGCGCACUACCUGCAGAAGGUGGCGCCGCGGCUGGACGCGGGGGCGGAACUGGUGUACCAGUACGGGCCCAGCAUCCCGGGGCGCGAGAUCGCCGUCACGUCGGUGGCCGGCCGCUACAACGGCGACGACGUGACGCUGAGCGCGACCCUGGGCAGCGCCGGCGUGCACGCGUGCUACUACCAGCGCGCCAGCGACCAGCUCAAGUUCGGCGUGGAGCUGGAGAUGAACAGCCGGAUACAGGAGUGCGUGGCGACCGUCGGCUUCCAGGCGGACGUGCCCAAGGCCGACCUCACCUUCCGCGGCAUGGUGGACUCCAACUGGACUGUAGCGGCUGUGCUGGAGAAGAAGCUCCAGCCGCUGCCCUUCACCUUCGCGCUCAGCGGCACGCUCAACCACGCCAAGAGCCAGUUCCGGGUGGGCUGCGGGCUGAUCAUCGGCUAGUCCUCGGGACACCUUCACGCAUAGUUUUACUUAUUUUGUGUUUUCAACGUCACGAAACAAUGUUGCUGUCCUGUUUCUUCUAUGACUAAAAACUUGUUAAUGUUGAGGUGUAGGGCUUUUCUGGAAAGAAAAAAUAUACAUAUACAUCUACAUUUAUCUAUACACACACCUAAAUCUGAAAAUAACAUUCUUGAAUGCUGCCGAUGUUUUUUAAUGUCCUCUGAAAGGCGCCGACACAUUUUUAAAAUGCUAAUUUUUUCCACUCAUUCUAAAACUUGAGCGAAGCACACCUGCCUACCUGCUGCAUUUGUUGUUUAGUUAAUUAUGUUAACUAGGCUAAAUUAUAGAAAGGCUAAUAGGCUCUACCCAUGCUUGGAGAAGUAUAAUGGUUAAGAUUAGCAAUUUAAAACUUUAAAAAAUAUUUUCAUUUAUAAUGUUAUUUAAGUUUUUCUUUCCAGUAAAGCCCUAUGACAUUUUGUCAACAGAUAGAUUGCCCAGUGUGUGGUACACCUAUGAAGAGUUUCAGGAGCCCAUUCCUUCCAAAAAGUAGUUUUUAAACCUCAUCCACGACACACAGAAGUUGAAAGCCAUAACGAGAGUUGUAGUGUUUUUGUUUGCACAUUUUUUGAUCUUGAGUUAAUAGAUAAAAUCCAUCUUUUACUGACGACUGCAGUGACAAGCCAAUCAUAAUUAUUUGAAUGAUGUAAGAAACAGAGUGUUGUUGAUUUAUGUAAUCAGUACAUAUGGGUGUGAGAAAUAAGGCUUUUUUGUUCAAGUUAGAGGUGGGUUGUUACAGCAAUUUUCGGUAUCUGUUCUAACCAAUUACUGAUACAGUAAUGUACUGGUUAUAAGUAGCUGAUACUUUUGUAUCAGCUACAGCAGUAGUGGUCCCAGGAAGCAUUGAUAUGGGACAAUAAACAAAACGACUCGUAACAAUUUCGCUCUGCGCCUCUCCUUCAACGCCUUCCCCUGCGCUUCCUCCCCUACAUUCUUUCCCUUCUUUAACUCUUAUUCGUCGUGCCGCUCCCUCCCCUUUCACAAGCUCCGCCCAAGUGACCGUCAUCUGCGAUCGGGUUCUGCGCACAUGGGCCGUGGUGUUGCUCCAGGCGAAUUCUAAACUGAUACUAAAGUACUUCAUACUUGAAUAGUGUACUCGUUUGCAGUACUUGAUACAGGCGUGUAUCCGUUAGGUACAAAGUAGUCGAUUGAUACUCUGCAACCCACCUCUAGUUCAAGUCAUAUUCUUAACCAGUUUAUGAUUGGUUCUCACAAAGAUUACCAAACUGACACACCUGCUACUGGUAGCGAACAUUGCGAGUGAGACACCAGCCAUUCACAGACUGCCAACCAUCAGCACUGGUCGUUGUUUCUGGGUCUUCAUUUUCAGUAUUAGAGGCAGACAUUUGUAAUUGAAUUAUUUUUUUAUUGGAUAGUUUCGUGUCCCAGGCUGCUAAGCCCUACUCAGGGUGUGCCACUAUGGCUGAAACAACAUGGUUUUGUUUACAAAGCACUGUAUAUUGAAACUGUUAAUUAUAACACAAAAAACAAUGGCCUAUUUUGAUUUCCAGCUGUAGUUACACGUACGAAUAUUGUAAUUUAUCCCAUUAGUGCUGACAAAUACUUCACUAGGGUCACUAGUUGUGAAUUUUGUGCAUAGCUUGAUUGUAAAAAAUUUAAUCCUUAGAGUUGAGUGUGAUUCACAGGAAAUGCUGCAAAAAUAUCUGAAAUUACUGCUAGCUCGUGCAACUUUGCAAUUUGCAUUUAAAAAAAAACUUAUUUGCCAAGAUUUCAUACAUUUUCACCAUUCUAGUGUUUUUUUUUGUUUUUUUUUAUUAUUGCUGACAUAAUAAAUCCUACUUUACGAUCACCAAGAAGUGUAAAAACGUACCUUCAUAGAAAAAAAAAUAAAGGGUUAUUGUUUUGUUCCAUAUGACAUAUCUAAGUUUACACUUAGAUCCUGAUGGCAUGGUUCUGGAUGGUUGAUCCUGUGGUACAUGAUGCUUGCCGUUUAAAUUUAGUACACCGAAAGAUCCUGGACAUAAAAACAUUGCAAUACAAACAAUGUGAGGAAGUUAAGGAAAAAAAAUUUCCAUUUUUUUUUUUAUUUCGUUUGAAAUUACGAUCAUAGUGUAUUAUUAUAACACAAUUUUCGUUAUAUUCAUGUUCUUUCUAUGUACUAAAUUAAGACAGCAAGCAUCAUGCAGCACAGGAUCAAUGUUUUCAGGAUCAUGCCAUUAGGAUCAAAGGUUAGACUUGAAUAUGCGAUACGGAACUUAUACCCAUGACCUCCCAAAAAAAAUAAUUAAUUUUUGCAAGAAUUUGUUUCAUGUAACACACCCAACCUACAUUUUACUUAAUGCAAGAAAAAAAAAUAAUCAGGUGAUGCACAAAUGCGUACUAUUUGGGGGUCUGACUCCAUUUCGGUGAAAAGUAGGAUUUGACUUAGAUGGGUCCGACAGGACAGCUGAGUGUUCACAUUGGCAUAUGCUUUCCAUAUACCAAAAAAUUAAAAAUUUUCUUUUUAAACUAAUUUAUCUUAAGGGGCCCGCCUCGUCAGAGGUGUACGUGUGUUAGUGAGGCGGGAUGAUAAGCGCGACGCUCGCUGGUGCUUCUAGCGCGGUAUAACCUCUAAGCGCAAGGCUCUGAACUGGCGCGCAUUUGUCUCGUCGUCACAGGAUAACUGUGAAAUUUGAGCGGUCACUGUAACAUAUUGCAGAGAAAUGAAGAUAAAUGUGUAAUGCAAGUCCCUUAAGUGCUUUCAAAAAUCUGUACUGGUUGUUUUACGAUUAAAAAUUACUCUGAAAACAUGCAUUUUAGACAUUUUAACUCUUCUGGCCCUCAGUGAACUCUUAAAUGCUUUUCGUGAGCAGACCCUACCCGGAUAUCUUGAGUAGUUUCAAAAUCGCGUUGUUUUUCCUGAAGCUCUGCGCACCAUAUGUGUGCCUCGGUAGGCGGAGCCCUUAAGGUAGAAAUUUUUCAUAAUUUAUAUCUUAUACAAAUUAACCAGAUCAAACUUUUUACAGCAAACUGGACAUAUUUUAUAUUCCUGUUAAACGUGCCUAGUGCUUAAAGUGUGAAGUAAAUAAUUUGCUCUAAUGGAUGCUGAAUUUACGGCUUGAGUUAAAUUUUAAGGCAUGUCUUGCACAAAAAGUAAAGCUGUGCGAAGCUUUGACGAAGCGAAUAAAUCGAUGGUCUUUUUUAAUAUUAAAUUUUACUUCACCAGGAAAUUUUGUUAUUCGUUUAAUUUGAAGCUUCAUUUGUGAUACAAAACUUUGUGUCUGAUAUGAAGCUUUGUAUUUGUUGCAAAGCUUUAAAACAUUGGAAGAAUAAGAUUUACUCAUGAAAAUAUUUAGGUUUUUUUGUUUGUGUUGUACAUGUUUUGCUUGAAUUAAGUUUAUUAACUAAAAAAUCAUAAGAAGGUACUCCAUUAGUUUGUAACAAUACUCAAUAUUAAUAUUGUGCAUGGCUAUUUAAUAAUUUUAUUGAUUGAUGUUAUAUGUAGGACCCACUAAGUUCAAACAUUUAAUGAUUUUUUUUUUUACUUCACUCCUUUUUUUUUAUAAAAUAUGUAGUACAGCGUGACCAAGAACAACUUUUGAAAUUUAUUCAACAUAUGUAAAUAUUUGAUUUGAUAUUAGCUUUGCAUCCAAAAACUAAUAUUUGCACAGGCCUUAUUAACAAUUAAAUAAACGUGAGGGAGUGCAUAGCAAGCUAUGCACAUGACUGUGAAUUGUUAUUCAUUAUUUUUAGCCGCUAUUGGUAGAGUUAACAAAUAAGUAUUUUAAUUGUGAUUCCCCAAAGACAGUUGCAAUCAAUAUUCUUCAACUUAAUUUCUAUCAGUUAGUAGCAGGUUGUAAAAAAUUUUAGUGGAUAAUAUUUAAGGAAGCUAAACAUAAUUAUUUAGUACUUUUGAUGUAAGUUUCGACAAUUUCUUGCCUUUGUAUGAUUGACAACUAUGAGCACAUUCCAAGCCUCGCUAAAAUAACCACCCUACUCUGCUCUCAUUGGCUGUUGCACCAUACACCCGUAACAAAAAUUUAUUAAAUACUACAUUCAUCAUUUUCCUCCCAUGCUCAUGACUGUACAACAUGUAGUUGUGAAAUGUUCGAAACCUUGGCGGUCGUUGCUAUUAUUUUUUCAAUUGUAAACUAAAAGUUUUGUAUUAUUUUUAAGAGGUUUUAGAAACCUUUGUAUUUAUUUAUUUUAAACCCGUUUUAGGUGGAAAAAUAGAAGCAAAGCUGGAAUGAAAGUGGGUGUAGAAGAUAGAAUUAUUAAUAGAGAAAAGCAAUAUGUAAACUGUUGGUUGUAAUGUCAUAUUUGUGCUAUCAUCGCCACAUCCAUCUUACAGUGGUAAUAAGUUUACUGAAUUUCCUUCAUGAUUGUAUUACAACUUUUAUUAUGGGUUUAAAAACCAACUCUGCUUUGAUGACAAUGACAUAAGCCUAAGGUUUACCUGGUCAUUCUGUUGGUAUGUCUGCACUUGUCAUGCCGCCUAUUGUUUAUUAUUUUUUCCAGCUAAAUCAUUUAUUAUUAUUGUUAUAAACAAAGCUGAAAUAAACAAAGCGUUAGAAAAUAA